GCACAAUAAUCUGCACUGUGACUGUUUGAUGAUAAUAUAAUGAUAUAUUUUUUUAUACUUAAUCAGUGCCGACCGCUGAGUGGCUGAGCUCACACUACUGCCAGUACUUAAUCCAAGUUAUUAAGUAAUAAUUAACAAUAAUAAUUAUUAUGCUGUCUAUUAUUGAGAGUUAAUCGUGUAAAAGUGUAAUUCCGUUAUUUCUCAGUCCUCACUCAUCUGCUGAGCGUGAGCAUAAUUUAACUUAUUUUAGUUUAUGUUCAUCUGUUUCAUUACUAACGUUACUAUUAUUAAUCAUAAAUCGUAAUAUUAAAGUAUACCGCCAGCCACAUUAUGAGUAUUUUCAGCGACGUCGAGGAAGCACAGCCCAUCGAAGUGUUCCAUUUAGUGAAAGUCUUUAAUGAAGACGACGAUCCAUCGAAAGUAAAUUUGACCAUUGGGGCGUAUAGGACAAAUGAAGGCAAACCAUAUUAUAUUCCUGUCGUGAAAAAAGCUGAGAGUGUGGUACUUGAUGGUACAUUGAAUCACGAGUAUUUACCAAUAUUGGGCUUGGAAUCUUUUACUAAAGCUGCAUCGCAACUACUAUUGGGCGAUAUCACUCAACGCCAAGAAGAAGGAACUAUAUUUGGUGUUCAAUCAAUCAGUGGUUCUGGAGCACUUAGAGUGGGAGCAGAAUUUUUAGUCAAACAUUUGAAAUGUACCACAUUCUAUUAUUCAAUACCGACUUGGGAAAAUCAUCAUUUGAUUUUCAUGACUAGUGGAUUUCAAGAUGCCAAAACUUAUCGCUAUUGGAAUGAAGAAACAAGAUCUCUCGAUUUUGAUGGAUUUUGUGAAGAUUUAUCAAAUGCGCCGGAAAAUGCGGUUAUUAUAUUACAUGGAUGUGCUCAUAAUCCAACUGGAUUAGAUCCAACUGAAGAUCAAUGGAAAAAAAUUGCAGAAAUUAUAAAAGAACAUAAAUUAAUACCGUUCUUUGAUAAUGCCUACCAAGGAUUUGCAUCUGGAGAUUUAGAGAAAGAUGCAUGGUCUGUGCGGUACUUCCUUAGUCAAGGGUUUGAGUUCUUAUGUUCACAAUCAUUUGCUAAAAACUAUGGACUUUAUAAUGAACGAGCAGGAAACCUAACUUUUGUACUGAAUUCUGUGGAAAAUGUCAAGGCUGUAAAAUCUCAGGUGACAAUGAUUGUUAGAGGGAUGUAUUCAAAUCCACCAAACCAUGGUGCACGUACUGUCAGUACAAUAUUAAAUAAUGAUGUAUUCAAAAAUGAAUGGAUGAAUACCUUGAAGCUAAUGACAGAUAGGAUUAAAGCUAUGAGAAAAUCUUUACGAGAACAUUUGGAAAAGCUUGGUACAAUUGGAACAUGGAAUCAUAUAACUGAUCAAACUGGGAUGUUUUCCUAUACAGGAUUAUCAGCAAGUCAUGUAGAAUAUUUACGAAGCAAAUAUCAUAUUUACAUGUUGCGGUCGGGGCGUAUUAACAUUUGUGGACUGAAUACCAAUAAUAUAAAUUAUGUAGCUGAAGCAAUUACCGAUACUUUAUUAAAUGUUGCCAAGUAAAAUUAUAAUAUUAUAUUGAGAACCAUUACAAACAAAUUGUUUUUAUUGUUUAUUUCUAUGGACUAGAAAUAUUUUUAAUUUAAUUUAUAAAUAGAUAUUAACACAAUUAUACUAAUAAUUGUAUAUUGUUUUAUUAAUAAUAAUAAUAAUUAUUAUUAUUAUUGUAACUAUCGAUUUGUUAAAACGUUGUUAAUAAUACUCUACUAUUAAAUAAUUUACUUGUUUGAUUUA